ACGGCUUGUUACUUUCUUAUGAAUAUCUUAUAAGUUUCUUAUAAGAAUCUUAUCAGAACCAGUGAAUUUCUUGUCACUUCCGUGCAACAUCUUAUAUAAGAAUCUUGUAAGAAUCUUAUCAGAAACUAAUAAAAAUUGUCAAAAAUUCUUUCUCUAGGGUUCCACCUAACUAGAAGUGUUAGCCGCCGAUAAAAUUUCCGCCGCCGUCGCUGAUCGAAUUAGGGUGUACAGUUCAAACUUCUUCCUUUUCUAAAUUACCAACUGUCAAUGAUCACAAACGAUGUCAGUCGUGUAUUCCAAUAUCUAAUUGCUGCCUUCCGCUCUUUCUUCUUUUCUUUCAUUCUGUCGUCGGUGACGUGGGCAGUAUAAGAAUUAUACAAUGGCACGACCGACUUGGAACAAAUAAAGUAACGAAUUGCUAUGGGUGUCCUCUCAGUUCGUCCUAAAUUGGCUUUGUAAGAUCAAACAACAUCAAAGGCGCGAGCAGGUGUGAGAGUGAGCAAUUUGGGACGAACUGAGAGUAAACCAUUGCUAUGAAUAUCAUUUUCUUGACUAUUACACAACAAGUAACGAUGAAGAUGCGCUUUCAAUCUCUAACUCAGGUCAUCAUCAGGCAUAUGAAUGAAUGAACAAUGCGAACGCCUCCGUCUAUACGUUUCGUACGUUUCUAUUUUGUCGCCUAAUUUUUCAAUGUUCUACACAAGCGCUUGUAUUGAACAUUGAAAAAUUAGGCGACAGAACAAAAAUGUAAGAAACGUAUAAAUAGACGCGUCGCAUUGCACUUUCAUUGACACCACUAACACUGCUGCUAUCAUUAUAUUGUAUCUCGCAAGCGAAGAAAUACGUGACUACUCCACUAGGAUGACGCACUGUACUCGAGAUAUUCACAUCAGACUCCGUCCUUUCAAGGCCGGUCAAUCUCUUGCACUUCUGUCAUCUGACAUCAUCAGCAACGAAACAAGCGAUCGAUAGCAAGACUAUUUAUUGCAAGCUUUGUUUUCACAAACAACUCAACGAGCAUCCCGUUGUCAUCGUUAUCGAUACAGAAACAACUUACUCAUUACACCGAGAAUGUGAGCACUGGAAACAUGCUUUUACAUCUUUCUAUAAAACACAGAAUCGUCAGUAAAGAACAAGUGAAAACGACUGCUGAGCAUGUUUCAAACUACUUCAAAUCGUCAACAUAUGCACCGACGAGGUCGAGCAAAGAUCGUAAAGAACAACUUGCUUCCGACAUAACAUUGAUGUGCUGUCGCGAUCUGCUACCAUUUUCUGCCGUGUCCAAUGAAGGCUUCCAAGAUCUUUUGAUGGCACAUGGUAUUGUCAACAGUGUUGACGAUAUUCCUUCUCGCGCGGCACUCAAUCCCUUCCAUUUAAACAAACUAAAUUUGUGGCAUGACAUGCGACAUGUGGACAGACAAAUAUAGGGAUCGCUCUUAUAUUUGCUUCACUCUUCAUUUCGUUGAUUCAUUAUUUAUUUUACGCUCGUAUACUCUUCGAAAUGAGCCAUUCGAUCACCCGCAUAGGGGUGAAGUAAUUAAGCAACGUUUGAUCGAAGUCUGCGAUGAUUUUGGUUUGAAUGCUGUCAAAAUCAUUAUUGUAUCGGACAAAGGCUCGAAUGUGCAAAAAGCGUGGCGUCACGCGCAUAUUAUGCAUUUACCGUGCGCUGCCCAUGAUCUGCACAAUUUACUCAUGGUUGAUGUGAUUCCCAAAAUAGAUGGACUAUCAGCAUUGUUGGACAAUGUUCAAGCAAAUUCUCCAAAUUGA